AUGAAGUCCUUCCUCCCCAUCCUGUUCGCUGCUAGCGUCUCAGCUCGCGGCAUCAUGUCCUGCAACCGCGGCGCUCAAGGUAAUGGUGGCUGUGAGGCCAAUGGAAAGAAUGUCUACACUGUCUGCUGCAUCUACGAUAUCGAUACGACCGAAAACUUCCCUCAGCGGAUCUGGACCAGCGUCACUACGAGGGAUAAGGAAGGAGGUGAAGAGUGCUUUUCGGGCGGAGACAAGGGGUGGUUGUUCUGUGCGGACCCGGAUAAUAAUGGGCAGUAA